AUGAAUGAAGAUGAGGGUAAUGAUCGGGCUGCGAGAGCGUACGAUCAAGCUGCUAUCUUGAUUAAUGGCCAAAAUGCAAAGACCAAUUUCCCCAAGGCUCACACAUAUGCAUGUGAUGGGGAGUCCCCAUUGCCUCCCAAGGCACUUUCCGAGCUUUUGAAUGCUAAGCUCAAAAAGUGCUGCAAAGACCAAUCUCCUUCGACUUGCCUUAGGCUUGACACUGAUAAUGCUCCUAUCGGGGUGUGGCAAAAACAUGCUGGGACUCGGUCGAGUUCAAAUUGGGUCAUGAAGGUCGCGUUCGGGAAUAAUAGUAAUGAGGUUAAUACAAUAGCAUUGGAAGAUGGGUCGUCGGGAUCGUCGUCUUCGACUACAGUGGAUGAGAUCGAAGGUGGAAGUCUAACGGGAGAGGAAGAUAGGAUUGCAUUGCAGAUGAUGGAAGAAUCAACUGGAAUUCUUAGAAUAGGAAGUGGAGUUUCGUUCGAAUACGGCUACUGCCAGUACAAGAAAAGUGGAACUGUUGGCGAUGGGUUGCACCGGCAGCAACCCCCAAGGGUCGGGGGUAUCACGGUCGCACUUGACGUGAGAGAUAAUGUGUUAGAGAAAUGGAAUUCGAUGAGUGAUGCUGAGAAGGAACCUUUCAUCACACAGUCAAAGAAGGAUAUUGAAGAAUACAAAGAAUGGAUGAAAGCACAUGAAAAGAAGGUGUUUAUUAAACUUCCGUCUUGGGGGUACGAAACGAAGGAAGAAGUGUUGUAG